GUGACGCUAACUAACGUAUCCCAUUGCUAGGGUUCUGGCUAGCUACGUGUUUUAGCGUUAGAUAAGUGCGCAAGUACCUGAUACUGUUUUCGUCGGUAAAACUAGGUGGUUAGCUAGCUAGAUUACGGACACUAUCGAACUGAUUAGUCGAAUAACGUUACACGAAGACAGCGAAGCCGAGAUAUAGCUAGUAGAGCUAACGCUAGUUAGACUUUCGAGGUUAACUAACGCAAAGAUGUAUGCAGUUGACUUUUUGGUCCCAGUAGCAUUAUUUAGCUAAUGAUCUGUAAAUUUAAGACACCUUUCAAAACGAGUCAUGUCGUCACCGGGGGGACAAGGAGGAGCUUUGUCCAUGCGGGGAGCGGGAGGUCCCAAAAGAAUCAAAUGGGCCCUGGAACUGAGUCUGGGCAGCACCAGGAGUCGAGGGGACAGGCAAAAUAAGGAGGGGGAUGUUAUGUACCCAGUAGGAUACUCAGACAAACCAGUCCCUGACACCAGCGUUCAGGAAACAGACCGCAACCUGGUAGAGAAGAGAUGCUGGGAUGUAGCUCUUGGCCCCCUGAAGCAGAUUCCAAUGAAUCUGUUUAUCAUGUACAUGUCUGGGAACACCAUCUCCAUCUUCCCCAUCAUGAUGGUGUGUAUGAUGGCCUGGAGGCCUAUUCAGGCGCUCAUGUCCAUGUCUGCCACCUUUAAACUGCUGGAGAGCUCCAGUCAACAGUGGCUCCAGGGCUUGGUGUACCUUAUUGGCAAUCUCCUUGGCUCUGCAUUGGCAAUAUACAAAUGUCAGUCAAUGGGCCUCCUGCCAACACACUCAUCUGAUUGGCUCGCUUUUAUUGAAUCGCCACAGAGGUUGGAGAUAAUGGGUGGAGGAAUGGUGUUGUAAAACUUAAACAAAUUUUCUCACAUAUUGCCACUCAUAUAUAAUUCACUGUUAUGACCCUUACUCUUUAAUUUAUGUACAUUUUAAAGUCGUGUUUGAUGUGUUGCAAAUAAUGGUUCUGAUAUCACAAAUGCCCUUAUAAAGAGAUUUAAUAAAACUGCUUCAGACAUUA